AUGUUUACUCUCCGCACUAUAUUGGUCGCUCAGGGGUCGGCCAGCCUUGCAGAUGUGCCCAAACGAACAGCUGGGGAAGGUCUCCAGGAGUUCUUUACGCUGACGCCCUCCUCCUCAGGUCUAUGUCAGCGCCGGCGAUGGCCCGAGCCUGCUUACCAAACAUCCUAUAGUCCCUCUGGGUAUCGAUGUGUUGUUCGAGUGAACAACCGUGAAUACCAAACUCCUACGUAUCAUUCGUCGGAGAGCUCGGCCAAAGAAAAUGCUGCUUUGAUCGCCUUCAACAUCUGCCGCAACUUCUCUGCCAAUGACGGCAUGUAUCCGACUGGAUUUGCCCAUGGGGGCGUGAUACAGGGCAAUCCAGUGCCUGUUGGCUCUGGUCGUCAUAGCCGCAGGGGCGGAGCCGACACCGCUCGAAUGGAGUGCCGUUAUGGCGAUUCUGACAGUGCUGGAAGCCGAAGCGGAGGAAGCAGCCCUGAUUGGGGCGAGUCUCGCCUCUCGAGCCCGAUGCGCACGUCUCCAUCUCGCCGAGUUGUCUACUCGUCGGACGCUGGCCAAUACAGCAGACGAGCCCUGCCACGCUACUAA